AUGGAAUGUCCUUAUAUUGUCAUUGGAAUAGAUGAAUUGGAUAAGUAUGGAACGGAAAUUAAUUUUGCAAACAACUAUAUAAAAUUUGGAGAGGACAUACUGGAAGAAGGUUUAAAGGAAAAAGAAGAUGAGCAGGAAGAUAGUACAGCGCCGAAUAAGGUGUGUACAUCAAUGACUAACAAGCAAGUUGAAAAUAAAGAGGAGAAGGAAGAAGAAGACAUAGGAAGUGAAGUAAAUGUUUUAACAACAAAUUUUAAAUCUAAUAAAAUGAGAAGUGUGGUAUCGCAAACGAUGUACACCGAUGAAAGAAAAGAGGGGAAGAAGAGGAGGAGAAGAAAUAGGAAGAAAAGAAGUGUAACGCCGAUACAGGUGGACACAAAUAUAGGACCUGAAGAGAAAGAAGAGGAAGAAGAAAAUUUAAAUGUCAGUACUGCGCCGAAAGUGUUGUGUACAAACAUGACACAAAAAGAAGUUGAAAUAUUGGAUGAGGAAGAAACUGUCGGGGAAGUUGUCAUAGAUAAAGAAAAGCAGAGAGGAAAAAGAAGAAAAUCUAAUUAUCUAAUUGUAUGA